AUGAGCAAGGGGUUAUUAAAUGGUUUGAAAGAGUUUUCUGAGAAUAUAAGAAAAUUGGGGCCUGCUUGUCCUAAUGUCGACUUGUUUCACAGAAAGAAGGACAAUACCUAUAACUUAGACCAUGCGGUUGGUUUAAUUCUACGAAAUUACGAUGAGCUUUCCAAUUACUCUACAGAUAAACAUAGCCAGAUAGUUCAAAGCCUAUCCCCUAAAGAUAUUAGUCUGAUAUGUGAGGUAUACAAUAAGAAAGGAAAUGUAUUUAGUAUUAUAAACACUCUGCAGUAUAUACACGACAAUGACAUGCAUAUUAACAACUACUUAUAUUCUGAGAAUACCGAAGAAACUGAUCAGACUAUUUAUACAGAGACUAUAAGUAAUGUAGAGAAAGAAGAUAUAAAUGAUGAAUUGGAAUCAUUCCUUAGCGAAGACAGCUUUAAUAGCAAAGAAAAGGUUUAUAUUAAGGAGAGAAUAAGCUUCUUUAGGGAAAAACUAACCAGUAAUGAAAAUGGUUUGGAGAAUAUUCAAUUACAGGAGAAAAAAAUCUCUAGAAAAGGACUAGUUUUAGCAGGAUUUUUUACAGCGUUUACAACUUAUCUUAUAUACCGUACAGCAGGUAAUAAUGUUCAGCAGUGA